AUGAGUCCUUUUGUCCUGCUGACCAUCCUGUGCUUGGCAGUAGCCAGAGAUACUCAAUCAUCUGAUCCCAGUUUGGAUUCUGAAUGGCAGGAGUGGAAGAUAAAAUAUGACAAAAACUACAGCCUGGAAGAAGAAGGACAAAGGAGAGCAGUAUGGGAAGAAAACAUGAAAGUGGUAAAACAACAUAAUAUUGAAUAUGACCAGGGAAAGAAUAACUUCACCAUGAAGGUCAAUGCCUUUGGUGACAUGACUGGUGAGGAAUUCAGGAAAAUGAUGAUUGAUAUUCCAGUCCUGCGUUUUAGGAAGAAAAGUAUCCAGUCACAUACUGGUGGUUAUCUCCCGAAAUUUGUGGACUGGAGAAGAAGAGGUUAUGUGACUUCUGUGAAGAAUCAGGGCAGAUGUAAUUCUUGUUGGGCUUUUUCUGUGGCUGGUGCCAUAGAGGGACAGAUGUUCCGGAAAACAGGCAGACUGGUCUCACUGAGUGCACAAAACCUAGUGGACUGUUCUAGACCUGAAGGAAAUCGUGGCUGUAUUUCAGGCCACACAUUUUAUACUUUCAAGUAUGUGUGGAAUAAUGGAGGUCUGGAGGCUGAGUCAACCUAUCCUUAUGAAGGAAGGGAAGGACACUGUCGGUACCUUCCUGAACGUUCUGCUGCUAGGAUCAAAGGUUUUUCAAUUAUCUCAAGCACUGAGGAAGCUUUAAUGAAUGCUGUAGCAACUAUAGGGCCCAUUUCUGUUGGAAUUGAUGCUUCACAUGAAUCUUUCACAUUUUAUAGUGGAGGUAUUUAUUAUGAGCCAAAAUGUAGGAAUAAAACUGUGAACCAUGCUGUUCUGUUAGUUGGCUAUGGCUAUGAAGGAAGAGAGUCAGAUGGAAGGAAAUACUGGCUGAUAAAGAACAGUCAUGGUGUAGGAUGGGGCAUGAAUGGCUACAUGAAGCUUGCCAGAGGCUGGAACAAACACUGUGGAAUUGCUACAUGUGCUUUUUAUCCCAGAGUGUAA